CAUAAACAGCUCGUCAACCACCUCGGUAGCUUGCUAGCCAACAUAGCCGAAAGAUUCAAGCUAUUUAGACGCUUUCGGUGUAUAUUAGCUACUGUGUUUUAGACACACUUAGGUCGUAUCUACUUGUUAACCUAUUUAAUAUUACGUUAUUUUGUAUCAGUCAGCUAUAGGAGCUGGCUGGUCCAAUUAGCACUAGCCUAGUCGCUAAUGAUAGCUAGCUAGCUAACGUCCCCGACCAUGAGCUCCCUAAACAUCACCUCUCCUGUUAAAGAAGAGGUGAUCUGCUGGACGGAGAAAGAAGCUCUUGUGAAAGAGGAGAAGGAAGAAGACAAUAUCACAGUAAAACAAGAAGUAGAGGGUGAGGCUGUUACAGUGACAGAAGAGAAAGACGUUACAGUGAAAGAUGCGUUCAGAGUGAAAGAGGAGGAUUUUACUGUGAAAGAAGAGGAGGAUGUAGUUUUUCGUGUGAAAGAAGAGGAGGUUGGAGAUCUGUUUAACACCAGAGAGAGACGGGACUACCGUGGGUCCUCUGGGGAGCCUCAACAACCUCAUGAUGCUGACGAGGCAGAGAAGAGUCUCUCCAGAUCAGAACACAUCAAGAAACACCAGCGGAGAUCCACAGGGAAGAAACCUCACUGCUGCUCUGACUGUGGGAAGAGAUUCACCUCCUUAGCAGGCAUUAAAAUUCAUCAGAAAAUCCACACAGUAGAGAAACCUUAUAGCUGUCAAUGUGGGAAGAGUUUUACUCAUUCAACCAGACUGAUAUCACACCAGAGAACACACACAGGAGAGAAAUCGUAUAGCUGUGAUCAAUGUGGGAAGAGUUUUGUUACAUCUGGCCAUCUGAAAAUACACCAGAGAACACACACAGGGGAGAAACCGUUUAGCUGUACUCAAUGUGGUAAGAGUUUUACUCAGCUAAGCAACCUUAUAUCACACCAGAGAACACACACAGGAGAUAAACCAUAUAGCUGUGGUCAAUGUGGGAAGAGUUUUGGUCAAUCUAGCACUCUGACUCUACACCAAAGAAUACACACAGGAGAGAAAUCUUAUAGCUGUACUCAAUGUGGUAAGAGUUUUACUCAGCUAAGCAGCCUGAUAUCACACCAGAGAACACACACAGGAGAGAAGCCAUAUAGCUGUAAUGAAUGUCGGAAGAGUUUUAUUCACCUAAGCAGCUUGAUGUCACACAAGAGAACACACACAAGAGAGAAAUCUUAUAGCUGUACUCAAUGUGGGAAGAGUUUUGAUACGUCUAGCCAUCUUAUUGUACACCAGAGAAUACACACAGGAGAGAAACCUUAUAGCUGUGGUCAAUGUGGGAAGAGUUUUGGUCAAUCUAGCACUCUGACUCUACACCAGAGAAUACACACAGGAGAGAAAUCGUAUAGCUGUGGUCAAUGUGGGAAGAGUUUUACUACAUCUGCCCAACUGACUCUACACCAGAGAACACACACAGGAGAGAAACCUUAUAGCUGUGAUCAAUGUGGGAAGAGUUUUACUACAUCUGCCCAACUGACUCUACACCAGAGAACACACACAGGAGAGAAACCUUAUAGCUGUGAUCAAUGUGGGAAGAGUUUUGCUGCAUCUAGCACUCUGACUCUACACCAGAGAAUACACACAGGAGAGAAAUCUUAUAGCUGUGAUCAAUGUGGAAAGAGUUUUGGUCGAUCUGGCCAGCUGACAUCACACCAGAGAAUACACACAGGAGAGAAACCUUAUAGCUGUGAUCAAUGUGGAAAGAGUUUUGGUCGAUCUGGCCAGCUGACAUCACACCAGAGAAUACACACAGGAGAUAAAUCUUAUACCUGUGGUCAAUGUGGGAAGAGUUUUACUACAUCUAGCAUUCUGACUGUACACCAGAGAACACACACAGGAGAUAAACCUUAUACUUGUGGUCAAUGUGGGAAGAGUUUUACUACAUCUGGCUCUCUGACUGUACACCAGAGAAUACACACGGGAGAGAAACCUCAUAGCUGUGAUCAAUGUGGGAAGAGUUUUGAUCAAUCUUGCCAUCUGAUUCAACACCAGAGAACACACACAGGAGAGAAACCUUAUAGCUGCGAUCAAUGUGGGAAGAGUUUUAGUCAAUCUGGACAGCUGACAGUGCACCAGAGAACACACACAGGAGAGAAGCCUUACAGCUGUGGUCAAUGUGGGAAGAGUUUUACUACAUCUAGCAAUCUGACUACACACCAGAGAACACACACAGGAGAGAAAGCUUAUAGCUGUGAUCAAUGUGGGAAGAGUUUUGAUCAAUCUGGACAGCUGACAGUGCACCAGAGAAUACACACAGGAGAGAAGCCUUACAGCUGUGGUCAAUGUGGGAAGAGUUUUACUACAUCUGGUCAUCUGACUCUACACCAGAGAACACAUACAGGAGAGAAACCUUACAGCUGUGAUCAAUGUGGGAAGAGUUUUGGUCAUUCUGGCACUCUGACUUUACACCAGAGAAUACACACAGGAGAGAAACCUUAUAGCUGUGGUCAAUGUGGGAAGAGUUUUACUCAGUCAACCAGCCUGAUAUCACACCAGAGAACACACACACGAGAGAAACCUUAUAGCUGUGAUCAAUGUGGGAAGAGUUUUACUACAUCUAGCAAUCUGACUCUACACCAGAGAACACACACAGGAGAGAAACCUUAUAGCUGUGAUCAAUGUGGGAAAAGUUUUUGUCAAUCUAGGGAUCUGACAGUGCACCAGAGAACACACACAGGAGAGAAACCUUAUAGCUGUGGUCAAUGUGGGAAGAGUUUUACUACAUCUGGCUCUCUGACAUUACACCAGAGAACACACACAGGAGAGACACCUUAUAGUUGUGGUCAAUGUGGGAAGAGUUUUACUACAUCUAGCAAUCUGACUCUACACCAGAGAACACACACAGGAGAGACACCUUAUAGCUGUGGUCAAUGUGGGAAGAGUUUUACUCAGUCAACCAGCCUGAUAUCACACCAGAGAAUACACACAGGAGAGAAACCUUUCAGCUGUGGUCAAUGUGGGAAGAGUUUUACUACAUCUGGCCAUCUGACUCUACACCAGAGAAUACACACAGGAGAGAAACCGUAUAGCUGUGGUCAAUGUGGGAAGAGUUUUGGUCGAUCUGGCCAGCUGACAUUACACCAGAGAAUACACACAGGAGAGAAAACUUACAGCUGUGGUCAAUGUGGGAAGAGUUUUACUACAUCUGGUCAUCUGACUAUACACCAGAGAAUACACACAGGAGAGAAGCCUUAUAUCUGUGAUCAAUGUGGGAUGAGUUUUACUUCAUCUAGCCAGCUGACUUUACACCAGAGAACACACACAGGAGAGAAACCUUAUAUCUGUGAUCAAUGUGGGAUGAGUUUUACUACAUCAAGCCAUCUGAUUCGACACCAGAGAACACACACAGGAGAGAAACCUUAUAGUUGUAAUCAUUGUGAAAAGAGUUUUCCUACAUCUGGCCAGCUGACUUCACACCAGAGAACACACACAGGAGAGAAACCUUAUAGCUGUGAUCAAUGUGGGAAGAGUUUUACUAGAUCUAGCUAUCUGACAGUGCACCAGAGAACACACUCAGGAGAGAAAUCGUAUAGCUGUGACCAGAGAUAAUCUGAUAAAAGAUCUCUGACUAAAUUUCAGAAAAUACAUGAAGGAGUUGUUUCAUGAUAUCAAUGAAAUGAUGUCACAAUGUAGAAUGUUUUAACAUUGUAGUAGGAGUGUUUUAAUGAUGUCACAAUGUAGAACCCUAAAUGUUUGUCCCCUGUUCUAUUGAUUUCAGCAUGAUAUGGAUAUUAGCCUCAGGGGGAAAAUCCAGGCUCUGAAUUGGAAGAGUACUAUUUAUAUGAUUUAACAAAAAGUGACUAACACAAAAAGAGCUGUGUUACACUUACCACGUUGGUGACCCACUUGAAUUAAAAUGCAACACUUCAAAAAUGAAAAUAAAAUCUAGGCUCUGAAAUGAAAGAGUACUAUUUAUGAGAUUUAGUAAGUACACAUUAUUCCCAGAUUCCGUGUGGUUUUGAGCUGUUAGUUUUAACAGGACGUGCAACCUCAUCUCCCUCCUGUCGCACAAAUGAUUUUAGCAUGAUAUCGAUGAGUUAUGACAAAUAAGUGUUGCGUUCCUUUGUUUAGCGACCCCUACAUUUAAAUGCAUUCCAACAUCACGUACAACCUGAUUUCCCCCCUAAUCGAUAUCAGUGAUUUAUUGCUACUUGUCAAAACAACACUGUUUCUGGUGCUUGUGCAGUUUAUAAGGAGCUUGUUUAAAAAAAUACAAGAAUUAUGAUUAUUGUGGCAGUUUGUGUAAAUAGCACAUGUUAUGUUUAGGUUUUCAAUUUAUCCCAAACUGUUUCUGCAUAUUGGUUAUUGAUUUGGACACGUUAAAACUGUGUUUUGACAUUGAGGCUAUCCCACCUAGCACAAUGUAAUUGAAAAGACGUUGAAAAUAAGACUAUGCAAUCAACAACAAA